CGCGGUGCCCGCUGGGAGCAGGUCACCAUGGCGGCCCGUGUCCUCUGGGCCUGUGUCCGCCGCCUCCCGCCGGCCCCGCGGCCCGCCGCCAUCGCCACCCUCUGCCCGCGCCGCCCGCCGCGCCCGGCUCCGCUGCUGCCGCAGCCGCUGCCGCAGGUGCCGCGGGCGGCCGGGCCGCUCUGCCGCCGCUUCUCCGACCUGCCGCCCCUGACCUUGGCGGACAUCAAGGACCGCGUCCUCUACGUCCUCAAGCUGUACGACAAGAUCGACCCCGAGAAGCUCACAGCCGAGUCCCACUUCAUGAAAGACCUGGGUUUGGACAGUUUGGACCAAGUGGAAAUUAUCAUGGCCAUGGAAGACGAAUUCGGAUUCGAAAUUCCUGAUGGAGAUGCAGAAAAGUUAAUGUGUCCACAAGAGAUUGUAGAUUACAUCGCAGAUAAGAAGGAUGUUUAUGAAUAAAAAACGUUUCUUGAAAGCUGGGAGGUGUCUCUGCCACCAGGACUGGGCUGGUGCCAGCAGGUGACACGAGCGCACAUGCUGGACCGUUGCUGCUCUCAAAGUUGUACUUGGAGGUUGUAUUUAAAGCUGUAUGAAUGUGUUGUCUUUGAAAACACACACACAAAGGAAUAAAUAUCUAAGACCACUGUCA